CCCUUCAGCUGGUAGUGGAUUGUAUUCUAUAAAACCACAAGGACUCAACUUCUCGAUUGAAGUAUUUUGUAACAUGACUACAAAGAAUAGUGUUGGUGUGACAGAGAUUGCACAUGAUAGUGAAUCGAGAACUUACGUGACAGGAUAUCAUCAACCUGGUUCCUACCAGAGAAAAGUUACCUACAAUAUUUCUAUGGAGGCCAUUGUCGCCAUUGUGCAGCAGUCCACGAAUUGUGAGCAGUUUAUAAAGUACGAAUGCCACCAUACCGUUUUCAGAUACAAGUCUGCAGAUACGUAUUAUUCAUGGUGGGUAUCACGUCAAGGUGCCAAGAUGAAUUACUGGGGAGGAGCGGCGAUCGACAGUGGGAAAUGUGCCUGUGGAAUGACCAACAGCUGCGCAGGUGGAUACAAAUGUAAUUGUGACAAGAAUGACCUAAUAUGGCGUGAAGACAGUGGAUACCUGACAGACAAGAACACGCUUCCGGUUACUGAACUGAGAUUCGGAGAUACCUCGGAUCCAUCACGUGAAAAAGGAUAUCAUACUUUGGGAAAGUUAAGAUGCUGGGGUUAGCAUAAAGAGGAAAAACCUAUUUUGCUGAAAUAUCUUCAAAAACGAUCGA